AGCGCAUCGACCGCCGCCAUCGCGCUGAUUCGGGCAGUCGCGAGUCGUCUGCCGUGGCGUGUCGUCGCGGUUGGGACCUCGACAGGGUCUGAAAAUUUCUGCUUGCACGCGGAAAAAAGUCCCACGCGGUCGCUAUCGUCCCUCGUAGUCGUUCCUCGCGCGAAUCCGAGUCACGCAAUCCGUAUAUUUCGUCUCGCGCCGCGAAUCGCCGCAGGUCGACGUGCGGAUCUGCCGAGGAUCUGACAGCAGCGGAUCGACGACGGACGGGCGCAGUCGAAGAUGUGCGGCGGUUUUACGUGCUCGAAAAAUGCGCUGACGGCACUCAACAUCCUCUACAUCGUUGUUGCCUUUAUAUUAAUAGGAGUUGCUGUAUAUGGAAGGGCAUCCGCCUUAGUUACGAAUCUGCCUAUUAUAGGUGGUAUUUUAGCAUGCGGAGUGAUCCUGUUUCUCAUUUCUAUACUGGGCCUGAUCGGUGCCGUUAAACACCAUCAGGUUUUAUUGUUCUUUUACAUGCUUAUCUUAUUCCUUUUGUUCCUGAUUCAAUUCAGCAUUGCCUGCGCUUGUCUUGCUGUAAACACUAAACAGCAAGAACAACUUGCAGAACAGGGCUGGAGACGCGUUGGACCUGACUUAAGGGCGAAAGUUCAAACUACCUUUAACUGUUGUGGAUUUAAUAGCACUACUGAUGACUCAGGUGCAUCGUGCGAUGAAGUCAAUAAAAUUUGUUGUCAAUCCAUUGAUCCACAAAUGCCUUGUACGAGUACAACAUGUCCACCGUGUAUGCAUAAACUGCAGUCUACCAUUGACUAUGCAUUUAAAUUAUGUGGCAGUAUAGGAUUAUUCUUUAGCUUUACGGAGGUGAUUGCAGCUUUCUUGGCAAGGCGUUAUCGUAAUCAAUUAGAUCCACAGGAAAAAGCUGCGAGAGCCAUUUUUCCACAGCAUAAUUAUUUAUAUUAAUUCGAUGAAUACUCAGAAAAUAUUAAUAAUUUUUCUUUUUACUGAUAUACGUACGAUACUUUUAUCGAUAUGAAGAGGACAAACAUCUGAAAUUAUUUUUUUUUUUCGAUUGCCCGGAUAUUAUGCAACAUAUUUUCCAAGGGCUACGAUAUAAUAUUUUUCUUUUAAUGUAUUAAUUCUUUUAAUUCUACGUAAUGUAAUGCUCAAUAGAGACAAAGUUAAUAUAUUUUUAACUGGGCAAUCUUAGAUUUUAGAAUGAGUUAGACAAAUAACUGAAAUGUGUGCUCUAGUCAUAUACUUAGAACACUCAUAACAAGCCUCAAUGCGCCUUGUAGUCUAGUGACAGAAAAGUUCACGUAAGUAUAAAUUUCUAUUAAAUUUCAUUGCAUUAUUUUCUUCAAUAAUCCGAUGAUAAUGAAAGUUUGGCGAUGAAAAUCUAGAACAUUGUCAUAAUGUAUCGUUUAGUU